AGAGAGUGCAAGCAAGCAGUGUCACAGAAGUGAAAGAGGAAGGAAGAGUUUGCGCUCUGCAGAAGGAGGAAGGUUGCGAGUUUUGUAAUACAAGCUUGGGUUUUUUUCUCCCUUAUUAUUAUCAUUAUUUUAGUGCGUUUUGUUUUGCUGGACUUGAAGAAAUGGCGAGGUUGAGCGAGCAUGGGAUCCGUCUCAGCUCUAUGAGCCCCUCGUACCUGCACAGCAACUCCACCAGUCACACGUGGCCCUUCAGUGCCGUCGCAGAGUUAGUAGAUAAUGCAUCUGACCCCGGAGUCACAGCCAAGCAGAUCUGGAUCGAUGUGGUCACUGUAAAAGACGAGUUGUGUCUUAGCUUUACUGAUAAUGGCAGUGGGAUGACACCAAGUAAACUGCACAAGAUGCUCAGUUUUGGUUUCACAGAGAAAGGAGCUGCCAAAGGCAGUCACCAAGCCAUAGGGAUCUACGGUAAUGGCUUCAAAUCAGGAUCAAUGCGUUUGGGGCGUGAUGCUCUGAUCUUCACGAAGAAUGGAGGAUGUCAGAGUGUUGGCAUGCUCUCGCAGACCUUCCUGCAUGCCAUCAAAGCUCAGGCUGUCAUUGUACCUAUUGCACCAUUCAACCAACAGACUAAGUCUUUGGUAAUAACAGAGGAUUCAGAGGCCAGUCUGAGAGCCAUCCUCACACACUCUCUCUUCAAGUCACAGUCUGAACUACAGGAACAGCUCAACUCCAUCCCAGGCAAGAAGGGCACCAAGAUCCUUAUCUGGAAUAUACGCAGGAACAAAGAUGGGAAGCCUGAGUUUGAUUUUGAAGCCGAUGUGGAGGACAUCCGCCUGCCAGAGCUCCGAUCAGAGGAGAUGGAGGGGAAAGCUAAGAGGCGUUACUCUGGACCUCACAGAACUGACCAUAUCGUCCCCGAGAUGGAUUACUCUCUCCGAGCAUAUCUCAGCAUUCUGUAUCUGAAACCCAGAAUUCAGAUCAUCCUCAGACAGAAGAAAGUUCAGACCAAACUAGUGGCAAAGAGUCUGUCUAUGAUUGAAAAUGAUGUUUAUAAGCCACAAUUCAUUAAUGAACGGGUGAAGAUUACCUUUGGAUUUAACCACAAAAACAAAGAUCAUUACGGCAUCAUGAUGUACCACAACAACAGGCUCAUCAAGUCUUAUGAGAAAGUUGGUUGCCAGAUCAAGUCGUCUGGUCUGAGAUCAGGAGUGGGUGUUAUUGGAGUAAUUGAGUGUAACUUUCUGAAACCAGCUCACAACAAGCAGGACUUUGAGUAUACCAAAGAGUACAGGCUCACUCUGGCUGCCCUCGGCAUCAAACUCAACGACUACUGGCGCGAAAAAAAGGAAAAGAAAGCAAAAGAGAGAGCAUUCAGAGCUCUGGAGAGAAAAAGCUUAGAAGGGAAUACUGAGGAAAAUGACGAGAGUGAGGAGGAGGAGGAAGAGGAAGAGGAGGCGGUGGCGGAAGAGGAAGAAAACGAAGAAGAGGAAAUAGUGGAUGUGUCAUGGAUUCAGUGUGAGGACUGUAUGAAGUGGAGGGGAAUUCCUACUCAUCUGUUCAAAAACAACGUCCCUGAAAACUUCACCUGUAGCCAACACCCUAUCAGCCGCCUGAGGAGCUGCUUAGUGCCUGAAGAACCCGAGGAGCCGGAGGACGAGCUGACACCCAGCUAUGAGAAAACACACAAAAAACUGGAAGUUUGGGCCAAACGAAGAGGAAAAUCUGUGGAGAGUGAUAAAGCCCCAGUGCCUGCUGAGUGCAAAGAGGCACCUGACCCCACCUCAGAAACCACACCAGAUGAAGCUGUUAUUACCAUAGACGCAGAGACCGAGAACAAAGACGAUGAAUCCACACCAGCCGUUACGGAGCCUUCACAAUCCCAUCGCAACAAAAGAAAAGCAACAUGGACGAAUAAUGAAACUAGCAGCAAAUCACCAAAAUGCACUGACUCUGAAAAAGAGAUAUCAACUACGACAACAGAAUCAGAGGAACAGGCAUUGGAGAAAACUCUGGAAAUGUUGGAGACAAACAGCAACAAGGACCGGACCAUGAGCAAAGCUAAGGAAGACGGUAAAAGUCCUGCAGUGUCUCCUGACACCGAAAGCACUGCGAACUUGAGUCCUUCAGAGCAGCAGGUGGCACAAAGCCCACAGACUAAAGACCAACCAAAACUUGCCACUGGACCCCCAGGCUGGCCUCACCCAAUCACACCCCAUCCCUCCAUGGCAUGGUCUCACCCUCUCCCCCCUGCUCAGACCGUGGUGGUUACUCCACUGAGCCGUACCAGCAGGCAGUCGCACCCUCUGCUCCGGCUGGAGAACCCAGACCGGUCUGUGCUUACCAGCAGACUGGACCAACUGGAGCGGGAAGCCAAACGCCUCAGGAGGAUCCUCGGCCUACGAGAAGCGGUUGUUCAGAUGAGUCCGUUAUCAGACGGGGAGGUAUCGGGGACAGCAGGGACUGUACUGGAUGGGAGCACAGACUCAGGGGGAGAAAGUGUGGCAACAGCUUCUACAGCAUCCAAGAAAUCAGGACCCCAGCCAGAUCAGCAAAGUCUUUUAAAGAGGAACAGUCCUGCCGGCCAGCAGGAAGCUCCAGUAACCCCCGCAGAUGACCUGCACUGGAGUAAGACACUGGCGAAACUGCAAAGCCAAAACCAAGCUCUAUCUACAGAGCUGAACAAAGUGAAGAAUGAAAAUGAUGAACUCCAGAGCAAACUGAGACAAGCAGAGAGAGACACACGGGACAGGAGAGAGCAAAGCACCAACACACCCUCCAACAUUCACGAUAGUAUUGCACUGGAUCGAUUACGCUCUAUCCGUCGGAACGUCGUGUCUCUCCUCUCUUCCAUCCUGCCCAAUUUGGAUAUGCAGGGAAUCAGCUAUGACACCGGAGACAUAGACAGCAUCCUGCAACAGAUCAUUCAGGCCAACAACCUCUGAUAAAGAAGCUCCAGGACAAAACACAUCAUCCAACAAGAACCAAUUUCAGUGUAGCACUUACAGCUGAGCUCCAUGGCAAAGAGCACAUCCAGGCUAGCCACCUGUACCUAUAACAAAGUUUCUGUAGAGCAUAAUGGAGGUCCUGUUCCUGUUACCAAGCCAUUGUAUGUAGAUCACCUUAUUCCUUUUGAACAGCAUUAAUUCUAACAUUCUGUUUUGAUAUUACAUUUGAUGUGUCAUAAUGUGACAGCUUUAUACAGUGGAUAUGUUUGUGAAAUGAAAUGUUCAGGAAUCUUGCAUCACUUCAGUGCAAAUUGUUGAUGUCUUUUUUUCAUGAUACUUGCAUAAUUUGUGCAGUAAGGAACAUUGAUUAGACAGUGUGUUCAGCUUUAACUGUCUGCAUGCUGGAAGUUGUAUUCGCACCAAUGGUUUAUAGUUUAUCGGUGCCUGUUUUUAUUAUAUCUUUGUUAUUAGCUACCGCUCAUACAUUUUUCAGCAAUAAA